AUGGCCAAGCGCAAGUCGGAAGACAAUCCCGCGACCAGCGACGGCGAUGCCAAGAAGAGACAGCGCAUGAGCGAGGAUCCCUUUGCGAAAAAGGUCAAGAAGGCCAAAAAGGACAAGAAAUACAACAAGACCAGGGAAGAACCCGUGGUGGAGGAGGAUGUGGUGGAUCUGGCCAUGACCGACCUUGACAAUGGCAAGAUUGAGCAGCAGCAAACAAAGAAGGACGAGCAAGAAGAGCCAGCGGCUGAGAACGGCGUGGCGGGUAACGACGAGAACAAGUCCAAGAAGAAGCGCAAGAAGAACAAGAAGGCCGCCAAGGAGGACGACGGAGAAAAGGCCACCAAUGCCGACGGUGAAGGCGCAGAAAACGACGAGACUGCUGCUGCUGCUGUGGCCGGCAGCAACGAGGGAGGAGAGAACAACAAGAGGCAGUCGGCCAAGAAGAGCCGCUUCAUCGUCUUUGUGGGUAACCUGCCCUACAGCGCCACGGCCGAGGACGUGGAGCGGCACUUUACGGCCGUGCAGCCCACGGCGAUACGCCUACUCCACGAAAAGACCAACCCCAACAAGUCGCGCGGCAUCGCCUUUCUCGAGUUCGCCGGCUACGACCGCAUGAAGACGUGCCUCAAGACCAUGCACCACACCACCCUAAAGUGCCAAGGGCGCGACCACCGGGGCCGCCCCAAGCUCGAGGAGCGCGUGAUCAAUGUCGAGCUGACGGCAGGCGGCGGUGGCAACACCGAGGGUCGCCGCGAGAAGAUCAAGGCCAAGAAUGAAAAGCUCAACGAUGAGCGCCACCGACGCGCUCUCGAGGAGGAGAAGCAAAAGGUCAAGAAGGAGCAGGAGCGUCUACUCAAGGAGGGCGAGAAGAAGGGCGGCGCCGACGGCAUUCACCCCAGCAGGAGGGGUCGCGUGCCUGGUGGCAGAAGGUGA